CACAAAAUAUUCAUCAAAAUUUAAUUUUCAUUGAAAAUUUCUUCAUAAUUACUUGUAUUUCUUUUAUGUGUCUACUUUUAAUUGACUUCCUAGAAAGUGUUCCCACAUUUUUGGGUGAUGAAUUUGUUCACAUUAAGGUUCAUGUGCCUAAGAAAGUGCCCAUUUCUAGUCCACCCCAUAAUCCCAAUAAUGGCCAUAAAGUUUCGCGACACUAUCAUGGACACAAGAAACCAAACAAACCACCUUCGCAUUUCGAUACUGGUCCCUUAUUAGAGAAUAUUAUACUCUCCGAACUGGACCAUCCUAAUAUAGCCCCCACUGGCAAUGCUGAAGAGGAGAAAAAUGUAAAAAUCAACACAUUUACAGUGAUUGAGGAGACCGAUUCUUCAUAUAAAACUCCUACUACUGGACAUGGUGGAGAUCAUUUGGAAACUCUACUCAUUAGAGAGCAAAAGGACCGACCACAUGAUGUCACCAUUAAGGUGCUGGGAAAUACCCAUGGCCACCAUUCCAAAUAUAAGAACAAUAGACCACAUGAAGAGAUAAUAAAAGUGGUUCAUGAUGAUCACCACCAUCACCAUCAUCAUCACGAUUCAGAUGCAAAUGAGGAGUACGAAGAUGAAGUUCAUGACCACCACGAUCCCUGGAAGGAGACGUUUAAGGGAGUUAAAGCCAACAAUUACAGAGAUCCUGAGGAAACCAAAGAUUCAAGACACAAACACCAUCGUCAUCAGCAUAAAUAUCAAAUCGAAGAUAUAACCACGGAUGGUGAUUCCGAUGACUACAAUGACUCUGAAGAUUUGGAGGAUCACCAUCACCAUUCUUCGCAUGACCACCGCUCCAAACAUAGAAAUUCGCAUGGCAAAUAUUCAUAUAAACGUCCACAUCACCAUUCCACAAAUCCCCAGUAUGAUUAUAGCCCUCCAUCAAAAAAUAAAGAAAGUUUUUUGUUAGAGCCCAAAGUAUAUCCACGCCAUAAAACCCGUUCUCGCCCAUUUUACACAAACAUUGACAAGUAUCACUCAUCUGUGGAACCACAUAAUGUAGGUUACCGGCAAUCUUCCCCAACUUAUGUGGAUAAUGUUGAUUGGAAUCAUGAUGGCGAAUACAGGAGACCUUUGCCGCAGUAUUCCAGAUAUGCAGAAUACGUGACAAGAGAUACUUUCCAAAAUGCCAACCAAAUAUAUCGGCCCGAUUUCUCACCACCUGCAGUAGGCGAUAGAUGGAAACAACAAUUUGCUGGUCCUCCAGAAAACGAGGACGUAGAGUUAUUCCCUUACAAUACCCAAAACACACUUACGGGUUAUGCGAACCAAGGGCGGCCCUCAUAUGGAUAUCCCCCCACUCGUCAAUCGCCGAUUUCAUAUUCAGAUAGACCAUAUCUUCAAACAGAUCAUUUCGAACCACCACCUCCACCUCCUAUAAACAAUGCUCCCAUACUUCAUUCAACAUUACCUCCACCCCCACCCCCACCGGCUUUGCCGGUCCAUCAAAAUACUCUGUUCGAUGAUUUGCCACCAGAAAUUCCGCCAAAUCAUAAAUCGGCGCCUAACAUCGAUUGGCCCGAAGGUAUGGGCAAACCUAACAACUCGGAAAUAUAUUCCGGCCCCGAUAGCUAUAGUGCUGAACAUGUCCAGGGAUUGAAUAGUGGUGGAUAUCUCUUUGACUCUUCAUAUCAUUAGCUAACAAAGUCAUCCUUAAGAUAAUUGUUUCCUUAAGUAGUACAAAAUUAUGGAAUAAGCUAUUUAUCAUAUUAAAUAUAAGAUUUAAAUUUUUUAGUUUUUUCA